AUGAAGUUACUCCCAGUUCUCGCUAUCUUCUUCGCUGGCGUCCUCGCUGCUCCUCCUCCUGGUUCUGGUUAUGGUGGCGAUUUUGAUGCCUGCCGUGGAGUUUUCUAUAGCGUGUCUCGGUGCUGUAGUGCUGGUAUUCUUGAUAUUGCUGAUGUUGACUGUGAAAACCCCACCAAUAUUCCUACAAGCAUUGAUAGCUUUAAGGCCGAUUGUGCCAGUAUUGGCAAACGUGCCCGUUGCUGUUCUGACCCUUUUGUUGGAGUAGCGCUUCUCUGCCGUAGCCCUUAUAGUUCUUAA